AGCCCCCGCUGGCCGUUAGGGCACGUUUGCGGGGUGCGGGCUCGCCUGGCGAGGCGUUCUUUCCUCGCUUGGGCUGGUUUUGCCUCGCAACCGCUGCGGAAAGCCCCGCCUCUGAAUCUCUCCCGGCAGAGGUCUUUUUGACGGGGUGUUUGGGCGCGCGGCGCCCGAGUGUGGCUCCUGGAGCCCCCGCUCGGGCCUGCUGCUGCGGCCUGUGUUCCUGCGCGCGAUGGACUUAGGAGCGGAGGAAUGCAAGGGAACACGGAGAGGGAAGCCUUCCUCUGUGCGCCGCGCAGUUGUGGUUACUUUAUAUUCGGCCGCCUUCCCAGAAGGAUUUGAAGCAACUUAGAGGGAUAGAAGCCUUGGCUUAAUUGCCGCCAAUUAUAAAGAUGAUUAGAAUGGAAAAGGUUCUUGCUGUUCCUCAGACGGUUAAUCUUCAUUCAAGCUGGGGGCUUAACUGCUUACAACAGUUCAGUAAAUGACAAUACCUUUAUAAGCAGAAUUGAAACAUUUAUCUUUCUACCUGACCCCUCCGGAAUUUAAAAACUUUCAGUGAGUAUUUUUGUUUUAUGGCAGUAUGUUCAUUUGCAGAAGCUCAGUAAGAAUCUGCUUUCCUUGUAACAGGACCAAUCAUAAAAACACUGAUUAUAUUACCAAGGCUUUGACUGAGAGACUCACGUGCAUAAACUCAGAUAUAAACAGCUUUAAGAAACUUGAGAUUGACUUUAUAGAGCCAAUGAAGCCCCUUGGAAGAAUUGGCCUGGUACGUUGCUUACAGGGUUCCCAGCAGCCUUACCAGGUGGUGGCUAAUACUGUAGCAGCAUUACCUGACAUCAGCGAAUCUCACCCAAAUAGCACCUUACUUGAUCUGAACCCACAGAACAUUAAUAAGCUGCUGACAGCCCUGAAUGAGUGCACCGAAUGGGGCCAGGUUUUCAUCCUGGACUGCCUGUCUAAUUACAACCCUAAAGAUGACCGGGAGGCUCAGAGCAUCUGUGAGCGGCUAACUCCCCGACUAUCUCAUGGCAACUCAGUGGUGGUGCUUUCAGCAGUAAAAGUCCUAAUGAAAUUUCUAGAGUUGUUACCUAAGGACUCUGACUACUACAAUAUGCUGCGGUAUGUCGCCCUGAGGAAUAUCAACCUAAUUGUCCAGAAAACAUUGGGAAAAGAUGAAUUGCAGGCCUGAAUCUUGAAGCAGGAAAUCAAAGUCUUCUUUGUGAAGUACAAUGACCCUAUCUAUGUUAAACUAGAGAAGUUGGACAUAAUGAUUCAUAUGGCAUCCCAAGGCAACAUUGCUCAGGUUCUAGCAGAACUGAAGGAGUAUGCCACCCACGUAGAUGCUGACUUUGUUCAUCAAGCUGUGCGGGCCAUUGGAAGGUGCGCCAUCAAGGUGGAGG